AUGACUCCUUGGACGGAUCCACAUCCACAACCUUCACCUCCCUGGGAAUUUGGCGGCUUUUCCCUUGCCCAAAUGCCUUGUUCAAGUGGGGAUAAAUCGAUCUUUGCGCACAACACCAUAUUUGAACAGCACGGUUCUACCAGACAGCUCGACAAUAGAAGAUCUAGAUCACCUCCAUGGACAGCGUUCGGGUCUUACGGGCAGGAAAUAAAAUUGUUGUGGGUCCCUGUGGUGGAGGACAGGAAUCGUAGUAUCCCAUGGAGCGAAGGCAGGCAGAGAGAGUUUGAGAGAGUGCAGUCGAAUAUGCCAUGGUACUCGGUGCACCACCCUUCCUUCAUCCAUCCACCAGUGAUUAAGUACAUCAAGGACAUGUGGCACUUCAACGGAAAGCCAAUCAUUGUUGUUUUGGACCGACAGGGCAUGGUCGUAAACGCCAAUGCCCUCCACAUGAUAUGGAUCUGGGGAAUAACAGUAGCCUACCCUUUCACCAGCAGCAGGGAGGAAACACUCUGGGAGAUGGAGUAUCGAAAGUACUCUCUACCCAAACAAAAUGGAAUAACAACAAAUUUUGCUAGAUGGUUGGUUAAUGACACUGAGCAUGAAGUCAACAUUUCCAACUACUCCCAAUUGAGUCCGUGGAGCAAUACAUACAUACAGCCUCCGUACAUACAGACUCCGUGGAGCAAUACAUACAUUUGCCUGUAUGGAGGAGAAGACAUAGAUUGGAUAAGGAAAUUCACAACGACGACAACAAAGGUGGCACAGGCAGCAGGUAUCACACUCGAGAAGAUGAUUUACGUGGGGAAGAGAAACUCUAAGGAGCGAGUGAAGAGGAACAUCGACAUCAUCAACACCGAGAAGCUGAGCUAUUGCUGGGAAGACCCCACACUCAUCUGGUACUUCUGGAUCCGGCUGGAGAGCAUGUGGUACUCCCUAAUGCAGCAUGGAAGAAACCCCAUCGAGAAGGAUCCCAUAAUGAAGGAGAUCACGAAAAUGCUCAUCUUCGACGGCAGCGAACAAGGAUGGGCAUUGAUAGGUAACGAACUCGGAACCAUGGCCGAAGCCAACGGGGAAUUGAUCUUGAAGUGCUUCAAUGAGUACGAUAUGCGGAAGCACAGCGUUCAUGCUAAUAAGGGUUUCAUUCAAGCACUCAAUGAUCACUUGGAACAGGUGCGCACCCCGCAUCACUGCACUCGCCUCAUCCUGCCGAGGACCGACGGAAGAAUUCUCCCUGAGACGAUGGUCUGUAUCGACUGUGGCCGCCCUAUGGAAAAGUCUGUGUCCGUGUCCGUCAUGUACAGCUGCUGCAAUCCUGCAACUACGAUUAGUUCUGCCUCAUCUCUCCGGCUUGCAUCCUCUACUGCCCAACUGCUCAGACCCCAACCGGCUUACUCACUCGAGUGGUACUAG